CGAACUGAGUCACAGUUCUGCUCAGAUCGCUGUCAAUAAACUCCACGUAUGUUUUUCUCAGUACAUCGAAUAAUAUUCAAGUUAAAUGAAACAGGAAAACCGAGUAACAAAAUUGGACUGCUACUUGGAUCUUGAAGGUUCAGAUUGAAGAAGAAAAGGCCGUGCAUCAUGGAAUGACAGCAGAAUUGCCAUGUUGACAAGGGUUCACAAGAAUUGAAGACAAAUGGCUAAUAUAGAGGAAAACGUUUCUGAGGGGAUUGACUGGGGUGAAAAGACAGUGGUGGGAGAAAAACACAAAGGUACAGAGCGUAAUCCAGAUUGGACUGGGACUCUACUGAAGAAUGCACACAUUGGACUUCCUAGCCCAGCACCAGAUGUUGUCAAAUGUUCCCUAAUAUCUGGGGAGUGUCUCUACUUCCACUAUGGGUGUGAUGGUCAGGAUGACAGGGGCUGGGGCUGUGGCUACCGCACCCUACAGACCAUGGCCUCAUGGCUGUGCCAGAGCUGGGCCCCACCACCACCUAAGGGCAAAUGCAGACCCCCACCCAGCCUCCCCGAAAUCCAGCACGCCUUGGUCGCAAUGGGUGACAAGCUUGCCUUGUUCGCUGGCUCUCGCGAGUGGAUAGGGACGUUUGAGGCGGCCCUGGUCCUCGACUACUACUACGACGUCCCCUGUAAGGUUGUCCACGUGCGGGGUGGAAUGGUAGAACUACAGAGGGCUGCUGUGGAGCUUCACCAGCACUUCCAGAGCCAGGGGUCCCCUGUCAUGAUGGGAGGGGACCGGGACAACUCCUCCAAGGGGAUCCUGGGUGUGUGCACUCGGCCUGGGGGCCAGGAGAGCUACCUGCUGGUGAUGGACCCUCACUACUAUGGGCCCCCACUGGAGAGGGCGUCGGUGCAGGGGCUGGGGUGGGUGUCGUGGAAAAAGGUAGGGUCACUGGAUCAUAGCUCUUUCUAUAACUUGUGUCUGCCUCAGACUGCCAGGAAAUGAAAGGGAGAAGGACAGAUCAGGGUUUAAAAGAAGAGAUGUGUUUACUCUUUGGCUGUGUUUACACAGGCAGCCCAAUUCUGAUAUUUUUUUCCACUAAUUGCAGCCACAGAGAAUUCUUGUAAGGACUUAAUUGGAUAAUCGCUUCAUUAAAUGUGUUGUAAAUAUCUGAGAAAAUAUUUUUAA